CGAAUUCCCUAACCGAGAAACUAUUUGUGGCGAGAGCCCGGGUGGCCGACGAGCCCCCCGCCGCCUCCCCUCGCGUCCCCUCCCCGCGCCGCCUCCCCGCGGCCCUCGGGCGGCCUCGGGCUGCAGUGCCGCUGCCCAGCGCCCCGGAGCCGGGCUCGCCGGCGUGCCUCGCCGCUUAUCUGCGCUGUUUGGACAGCGAGGGCUGCAAAGGCAGGCGUUUCGGGCCCCGCCGAGUCAACAGGCAGACCCCGGGCCGCCGGACUAUUUCUGUCUUAUCAGUACAGGAAUGCGGCAGCCGCGGCGGCGGCGGCGGCGGCGGCGGGCGGGCGGCGGCGGCGUGGGCCGUGGGCCGUCAGGGCAGCCCUGAAGGGGCCCCCUCCCCACUCCGCUCGAGUAGAAGUGUGAGAGAGCCCAGCAGGACUCAGAGGGGAGAGUUGGAGGAAAAAAAAAGGCAGAAAAGGGAAAGAAAGAGGAAGAGAGAGAGAGAGUGAGAGGAGCCGCUGAGCCCACCCCGAUGGCCGCGGACGAAGUUGCCGGAGGGGCGCGCAAAGCCACGAAAAGCAAACUUUUUGAGUUUCUGGUCCAUGGGGUGCGCCCCGGGAUGCCGUCUGGAGCCCGGAUGCCCCACCAGGGGGCGCCCAUGGGCCCCCCGGGCUCCCCGUACAUGGGCAGCCCCGCCGUGCGACCCGGCCUGGCCCCCGCGGGCAUGGAGCCCGCCCGCAAGCGAGCAGCGCCCCCGCCCGGCCAGAGCCAGGCCCAGAGCCAGGGCCAGCCGGUGCCCACCGCCCCCGCGCGGAGCCGCAGUGCCAAGAGGAGGAAGAUGGCUGACAAAAUCCUCCCUCAAAGGAUCCGGGAGCUGGUCCCCGAGUCCCAGGCUUAUAUGGAUCUGCUGGCGUUUGAGAGGAAACUGGAUCAAACCAUCAUGCGGAAGCGGGUGGACAUCCAGGAGGCUCUGAAGAGGCCAAUGAAGCAAAAGCGGAAGCUGCGUCUUUAUAUCUCCAAUACUUUUAACCCUGCGAAGCCUGAUGCUGAAGAUUCUGAUGGCAGCAUUGCCUCCUGGGAGCUGCGGGUGGAGGGGAAGCUCCUGGAUGACGUACGUCCUGGCCCAGCCCCACCUGCUCCCGACUCAUCCUGCCCCCACGGUCCCUGUCCUGCCCCCACGGUCCCUGUCCCUCUCCCACAGCCCAGCAAGCAGAAGCGGAAGUUCUCUUCCUUCUUCAAGAGUUUGGUCAUUGAACUGGACAAAGACCUUUAUGGCCCCGACAACCACCUAGUUGAGUGGCACCGAACACCCACAACCCAGGAGACGGAUGGGUUCCAGGUGAAGAGGCCGGGGGACCUGAGUGUACGCUGCACACUGCUUCUCAUGCUGGACUACCAGCCUCCCCAAUUCAAACUGGAUCCUCGCCUGGCUCGGCUGUUGGGAUUGCACACACAGAGCCGCUCAGCCAUUGUGCAGGCCCUGUGGCAGUAUGUGAAGACCAACAGGCUGCAGGACUCGCAUGAUAAGGAAUACAUCAAUGGGGACAAAUACUUCCAGCAGAUUUUUGAUUGCCCACGGCUUAAGUUUUCUGAGAUUCCCCAGCGCCUCACAGCUCUGCUGCUGCCCCCUGACCCAAUUGUCAUCAACCACGUCAUCAGCGUGGACCCGUCGGACCAGAAGAAGACGGCGUGCUAUGAUAUUGACGUGGAGGUGGAGGAGCCACUGAAGGGACAGAUGAGCAGCUUCCUCCUGUCCACAGCCAACCAGCAGGAGAUCAGCGCUCUGGACAGUAAGAUCCAUGAGACGAUUGAGUCCAUAAACCAGCUCAAGAUCCAGAGGGACUUCAUGCUAAGCUUCUCCAGAGACCCCAAAGGCUACAUCCAAGACCUGCUCCGCUCCCAGAGCCGGGACCUCAAGGUGAUGACAGAUGUGGCAGGCAACCCUGAGGAGGAGCGCCGGGCUGAGUUUUACCACCAGCCCUGGUCCCAGGAAGCUGUCAGCCGCUAUUUCUACUGCAAGAUCCAGCAGCGCAGGCAGGAGUUGGAGCAGUCGCUGGUUGUGCGCAACACCUAGGAGCCUCUGUGAAUGACCACCGCUGUGGGCCUCUGGGCCCAGGCCCUGUCCCCCAAAGCUCUGCCAUCACUCUUCUGACACGUGCUGGGUGAGGCAGGGGAAUGAUUAAAGGUCAUGCAUCUGA